CGACAGAGCCCCACUGACGCGCAUUUGCUGGUUGUUGGAUGUCGCAAACAACAUAGUAGACUUUUGAACUGCGGUGUUGUUUGUUUGUAUCGAUAUGACACGGGAUAGUCUAGAAGGGCGCACUUUGAAAGUGGGAAUCAGUGCACCUUCUGCGCUUGACCCUUAUCGAGGAGCAACCGAUCACAAUGAACAAGUGCUGAGAAUUAUCGACUUACUUCAGUCCCAGUUGAAUUUCACCUAUCAACUGAUUGCACUGCCAAAAGCUAGUGGUAUUGGUUUUCGACAUGAAAACGGAAGCUGGAACGGCUUAAUUGGGUUGCUGGAACGAAAUGAGAUCGAUGUCAUCGCUGCUCGCGUCCCAUCCUUACCUCAAUUACGAGAUGUGAUUGAUAUGUCAAUUCCGCUAGGCCAAGAUGAAUGGGUAACACUACAAAAACAGCCUUCCAGAGUAAAUUCACUCACUGCGCUGCUAUCUCCUUUUGAAAUGGAGGUAUGGCUCUUGGUGGCUUUGUCAAUCGCUGGCAUGAUCCCUGUCAUGCUCGUUUUCUACAGACUUCACUUGAAAUUCCACCCUCAAGCAGUCAACUAUUUCCGCGGAAAACCUAGCGAUUUUGUUCUCUUUGUAGUGGUUUCAUUGUUUCGGCAAGACCACAAACUUCGCAUUUCAAUUCACUCACAACGCGUUCUGAUGGCUACAUGGUGGAUAGUUGGUCUUCUUUUAACGACGUUCUACACAGCAAAUUUGACUGCUUCUUUGGCUCGGCCUUAUCGAGAGCGGUCGCUGCAGCAUCCUCGUGAGCUAUCGUGGCCAGCAUACAAGGAUGUGAAAUGGCUAACGUUGAGCAACAAACCAAUACCUAUAAAUCUACAUCAUACAAAAGGACUUAACCAAACAAAUCAGACGAGUGCCGCAAGUUUAGAAGUGCUCAGCGAACAUCUGGAAUCGGGUAGAGGAAGUCUCGUAGCUUCCAUUGAAGCAGCUCUCAAUCUAAUAAAAAGAGGAUACAUAUGGUUUGGUCCAUUUGAUUUGCUUCUAGAAGUAAUGCUAACAAAUUAUCGUCUCAAUCAAGCUAAAAAUGUGACACAAUGCUAUUUUCUGAUAACUGAUAAAAGCUACUUAACUGUCGAAUACGGAUUUGCCUUUGCUAAGAAUUCGUCUCUCACUCCAGUUUUCAACCGAGCAUUAAGGCUGAUUGACCAGGUGGGAAUUCUAGAAUUUUCACGACAUCCGAGAUUUACUGGCAAAAACCCUUGUUCAAUAGGAGGCGGUUAUACGUCACGAGCGAUGCAACUUGGUGACUUUCUCGGCCUAUUCUGUGUUACCAUCACCGGAUUGGCUGUUGCGACCAUCACGUUUAUUUGGGAGACGUCUUCCCAAUACUGCAAAUCUUGGCGUAAGAAGAAAACAAAUCCAUUUCUUGUCUCUCCGGCUUCUACGGUAUGCAAACCUGUGGUAGCCGUGCAGAACAACUCAAGCGCAAAUAUCUAUCAAUUGGAAUUAGAGAUUGAGAAACUAACAGAAGAGAUUGAUCGCAUGAUUUUAACUGACAAAGAUAUAGGAUAUAUUCUACGAGAAUUAUUUUAUACCAAAUGAUUUACGUUACCUCGUAUGCACAAUUUGCAUUUGAAAUGGCGCUCGAUACCGUGGAAUUAGGGAAUGGUAUUGUACCCAUUUCUUCUUUCAUCAAACAAUAGAAGCGAAGAAGUGACUUUGGGAACGAC